CGACCUGAGCAACAACCAGCUGAGCGGCUCUCUGCCUGAAGGCCUUGGGAGAAUCUCCCUCCUCUCCCACCUUGACAUCAGUGACAACUUGUUGAAUGGCACUCUGCUUCACGAAUUGGACCAACUCACUGCCCUUACAAGCCUCAAUCUGGCCAGCAACGCCAUCAACGGCUCCAUCCCUGAAUCUCUGGGAAACCUCACCAACCUCGUCUCUCUCAACUUCACAAUGAAUCUGCUCAAUGGAUCCAUUCCAUCGUCCUUUGGUGAAUUCGCCCACCUCCUCUAUUUUGACGUCAGCUACAAUGGCCUCAACGGGUCGCUGCCAGACUCCUUCAGCCGACUUUCCGCGCUCAAGAACCUGCAAGUCGCCAACAACCAGCUGAACCAGACACUCCCUGCCAGUUUGAGCAAUCUCAUCAGUCUCACCAACCUCAACAUCUCCAUCAACUUCAUUAACGGCACUUUCCCUGCUGCCAUUAGCUCCCUCACCAACCUUGUUGCUCUAGAUGUUCACUUCAACAGCAUUAACUGCUCGUUCCCAUCUCACAUCAGCACUCUCACCAAGCUCACAUGGCUUGACAUGAGCGACAACAAAUUCUGGGGUCCCAUUGGAGAGUCCAUCGGCACACUCACUAACCUUGAGUUCAUGAGUGUGGCGUGGAGCCCGUACCCUGAUGCCGCCACAGCCAUCAAUGGUUCCAUCCCCUCCAGCAUUGGCAACCUCCUCAACCUCAGAUACCUGAACCUGGGUGGCAAUAAAAUCAAUGGCAGCAUUCCCGAGACCAUCACUAAGCUGAAGAAGCUCGAACUCUUCUCUGUGGCGUUCAACAAGAUGAAUUCAGAUUUACCAGACUUCCUGUCCGAGCUCACAGCACUCACAGACAUGGCUUUCCGUAGCAAUGCACUCACAGGUUCCAUCCCCACCAGCUUCGGCACUCUCUCCAACCUGCAGCGAAUGGAGCUGAGUUACAACCAGCUCAACGGCAGUGUGCCGGUCUCCUUGGCGAACCUGCACAACCUCACAGAGCUGUGGCUGCGAGACAACCAGCUCAACGGCACCAUCCCCACCUUACUCGGAAAGCUCACCAACCUCGUUGCCCUGGAUCUGAAGAACAACGACAUGAACGGCACCAUCCCUGCCUCCCUCUUCAACCUCACGAGGCUCACCAAACUUGACUUAAACUCCAAUGGCUUCACAGGCCCACUGGCCUCUGGCAUUGGGAGGCUCAUCAACCUUCGUUUUCUCGAUAUGAGCAGCUGCCAGCUCGCAGGGUCUCUCCCAGCCACCAUCGGAAGGCUCACCAAUCUGACAGAAAUGUGGCUGGCAGACAACUAUUUCAACGGCUCCGUGCCCGAUUCUUGGAGCUCCCUCACACAGCUGCGCGCACUUGGCAUCGCGGACAAUGCUCUCUCCGGCACUGUCCCAGCAGCAUUCCUCAAACUCAAGAGCCUCAAUCAGCUGCACUUCUGCAACAACUUCUUCCAUGGAUCCCUCCCGACAGGGCUCUUUCAACUCACCAAUCUCACUGAUCUAAACUUUGGCAAUACAUCCUUGUCGGGACCGAUACCUUCGGAAAUCAGCAGUCUUGUGCAGCUGGUGAUGAC